GAUUGGGUUGUACCCAAAUGCAUAAGCGCACCUUCAUUUCUGCACUUUGCCCCAAAUUAGGGUUUUUGAUCUCUCACUCUCACUCUCUGAGUUACACAUAAACCACACUGAGAGCUCCCCAUAGCCGAGAGAAAGAUGUGGAGGUCUGUUGUGACAGCAAGAGCUUCUCUUUCGACACAGGCGGCACAGAAGCUGUGUGCAACUCGAAACCAUAAGGUGCUUUCCUCUAAAACCCUAACACUAGUUGAUCAAUCUCCUCAUUUUCCGACCAGAUCCUCUCUCUGCCAAACCCGUAGGUUCCUUUCUCAGCUCUCAGAAAACCCUAGUGAUUCUGAUUCAGCUGAAGGACAACAGCUAUCAGUGGAAUUUGGUGAAAAUGGUGAUACACAGAGGGAAAAUCUUACCCCUGGGAAUGGGCUUGUUGGAGAGGAAAAGGGUGAUACUCAGAUGAACAUUUUUCCCCCCUCUGAUGUAGAGUUGGGGGAAGUGGAAGAGGUUUAUGAGAUUGAUUUGGAGCAGUUGGAGAGUUUAUUGUCUCUUCUUCAGAGCAGUGCUGAUGGGUGUCUUGAGUCUAGUUUUGAUGGUUUAAAUUUGACUUUACAUCCAGAGUUUGUGAUUAAAGUAGUUGAAACCCCACUUGUUUUGGGUGAGAAUUUGAUUAGGUUUUUCAAGUGGGCGUUGAAGGAGAAACCCGACUUUGGUGUCACUACGCACAUACUGGAUGCACUUGUUCGAGCGACAUGUAGUGGCCUCGUUAGGAAGAGAGAUGUGUAUUAUUUGUGGGAUUUAGUUAAGGAGGUUGGUGAGAAGGAGAACACUGUGGUGCAUGUGGAAAUUCUCAACGAAUUGAUAUCUUCAUUCUCAAAAUUGGGUAAAGGGAAAGCUGCUUUGGAGGUGUUCAACAAGUUCGGUGAUUUUGGAUGUGUCCCAAAUGCAGAUACAUAUUACUUUACAAUUGAAGCACUUUGCAGGCGUUCAAUUUUUGGUUGGGCUCAGUCUGUUUGUGAGAAGAUGCUUGAUGCGGGAAUCUUGCCUGAUGGUGAGAAAGUCGGUAGGAUCAUAUCCUGGUUUUGCAAGGGUAAAAAAGCUAAAGAUGCCCAUUUGGUUUAUUCCUCGGCGGCGAAUGUGAAGAAGCAGUACCUGCCUCCCGGUUCGGUUGAUUUUUUGAUCAGUUCACUCUGUAGGGAGGAUGAAACCGUUAAAUUAGCUCUAGAUAUGUUAGAUGAUUUUGCUGGUGAAGCACGGAAAUAUGCGAUUAAGCCCUUUUCAGCUGUUGUUCGAGGUUUGUGUAGAAUAAAGGAUGUCGAUGGGGCCAAAAAAUUGCUUCUUGAGAUGACAAUGAAGGGGCCACCUCCAGGAAAUGCAGUUUUCAAUAUGGUAAUCAAUUGCUAUUGUAAGGCUGGGGAUAUGGGAGAGGCAAUUGAGAUGAUGAAUCUAAUGAAGAGUAGGGGGUUGAAACCAGAUGUGUAUACUUACACUGUUAUCAUGAGUGGUUAUACAAAUGGAGGUCGGAUGGAGGAGGCUUGUAAAAUAUUAUCCGAAGCCAAAAACAAGCACCCCAAAUUGAGUCCUGUGACUUACCAUACACUCAUCCGUGGGUAUUGCAAACUGGAAGAAUUUGAUAAGGGUUUAAAGUUGUUGCGCGAGAUGAAAGAUUCUGGGGUCCAACCUAAUGUUGAUGAGUACAAUAAGUUGAUCCAAUCUCUUUGCCUCAAGGCCUUGGAUUGGGAAACUGCAGAAAAACUACUUGAAGAAAUGAAGGAUAAUGGCUUGCAUCUCAAUGGGAUCACACGGGGUCUUAUAAAAGCUGUGAAGGAACUGAAGGAGGAGAAAAUAGAGACUGAGAAUGUAGUUGCAGAAUCCUAAAAUGGUCAUCUGGUUUUUGGUAUGUGGAUGUUAUGAUGAAGACUGGGGAAAUAAAGUGAAGCUUUGCGGUUUAUUUUGUUCA